AUUAAAACCGUUUCCAUCUCCGGUCACCACCCAAGGAGUGCUGCGACUGCCAUUUCACAUUUUCACAGCUCUUCGUGAACACCUUACCCCCCACACGCAUAUUCCACGCAUUUUACAUUCAUCAUACUCUGCUUUUACGAACGCAUACCCGCGGCAAUGGUUCGAAUCCAUGUGUAAUGUACGUUGAGUGUUCUCUCUCGGGAAAAUGGAGGAAGAAUUGCUGAAGCGGAGCACUGAUUGCGUCUACUUCUUAGCAUCACCUCUCACUUGCAAAAAGGGCAUUGAAUGUGAGUAUCGGCACAAUGAUAUUGCUAGGCUCAACCCGAGAGAGUGUUGGUUUUGGUUAGCAGGGAGCUGUCUUAAUCCUACAUGCAGUUUCCGACAUCCUCCACUAGAGACUUUUGCUGAGACUUCAUAUAAAGUAACAACUACAUAUGAUAAGUCUGUAGCGCUUAUGAGCAAGAAGACCCAUGUUCCUUGUUUUUUCUAUCACAAUGGGUUCUGUAGUAAAGGUGAGAAAUGUGUGUUUCAACAUGGACCAGGAGACAUAAUUGCGAGGAAUUCCUCAAGAGUAACUUCCGGAGUCACUGAUGAACUAGCAGCAGCUCCAGAGAUGAAGAAAAAAGAAUUGAGUGUGGGAAUUGAAAUAGUGUCAGUACCACUGGAGACUCAUCCUGGUUUUUGUGCGGAGAUUGCAGCCAAUGGAAAUAUCAAGACUCAAGUAAAUCUCCAUCAGACAACAAAUGAUCUUACUGUAGAAAAUUUUUCUGAAAGUCAUGCUCCAGAAACAGAGUUGGAAUCUUCAUUUCCUGCUCAUGACAGCUUCCCUGCUGGAGGACGUCAUUCUGACAUUGCAUGGAGUUCAGAUGAUGAAAUGGAAGAGAAAGAAGAGGGGUUAGAAGCAUGUCCUUGUUUUGAAAGUCGUGUUCCAGAAACAGAGUUGGAAUCUUCAUUUCCUGCUCAUGACAGCUUCCCUGCUGGAGGACGUCAUUCUGACACUGCAUGGAGUUCAGACGAUGAAAUGGAAGAGAAAGAAGAGGGGUUAGAAGCACGUCCUUGUUUUGAUGUUCUUUUCAACGAUGAUAGAUCGAAGGAGUUGAUGUAUGAUGAAGAAGAAGAUAACGAGUACUUGAUCCAAAACCAAUACCAUGCCAUACAUGUUGAUGAACAGUAUGUGGGCGGAUAUGAUUUUGAUGACAGCAAUGAACACAAUCCUGUUCAUGCAGAUGAAGGGCUUGUGUUUGAAGAAGAAGCAUCACGUGUUUCAUAUUAUGAGCGUGCUACUGGUGAUUUUUUGAGAAAACCGAAUGGCAAUGCCCGUUCGAGGGAUUGUAUUUUGCAUAAUCAGAACAGAAAAAUCAAGCUGACAGAAUGGGGUGGUUUUAACUUUAAGGGUGCAGACCUCCGCCACUAUCACUACUACCCUAGGAAGCAUGUCUAUAGCUGGAACCAGCAUCCCCACCUGUACAGUACAAGACGGGCAGCAUCGAAGCUGGAGAUAAGUGCGACUGGAUCACUACAACUAGGAUGCCGGGCUUCCCUGAAUGGGUUCCGCCGCCAUAGAGGCACAUCUAGACACAUUCAUAUGAUGAGCAGUCAGAUGGAGGAGCAUUUUAAGAGGAGGCGUGGCAAGCAGCUGCCGCCUUUUCAGUCUCAACGAGUCUCGGGGAUUGGAGGUUAUUGUCUGAAGAGAAAAUCAAGCAACAUGUUUAUUGCACCAAAGACACUUUCCCAGAUCAAAGAAGAGAAGAAGAGAGCAAAAUGGGCUGUGAGUUUUGUGGCACGGCCCACAGGACUAGAAGACGAGUUUCAGGGUCCAAAAUCUCUAGCCGAAAUCCUCAAGGAUAAAAGAAGGUAGGAGGAUCCCUUCUUUUUUACACCAUUGGACAACUAAUGACGUUGCGCCCCGUCACCAUAGUUUCUCCAUUUAGAAUGAUUUUCAUCCAACUGUUGCUUACAAAACCAAUGCAAGCAGAACUAAAAUGCUACCUGACCAUAGCUGUCCAUGACAGUCGAUUCACUCUGAACAACAAAUCAUCCCAGUAUAUUUUGUGAGGAAAUUUGAAGGAUUAGAACAAAACUGUGCUAUAAUUUGUUAUUGUUUCAUUGGAACUCCCGCUCCGGGAAGAGAGUAGAGUGAAAGACUACAGUAGGGAGGGAACAAAGUAGAGAGAAAUUGUGUAGUCCUUAAAAAAUAAGUGACACCCUUGGAGCUUCUCUUGCCACAGAAAUCCCAUAAAUUUUAC